AUGGACGAGCAUGAUGUCCAAGUCCCGGCGGAUCUUCAAUAUCGGGCAGUUCCUAGUACAGAACGGCAACCUCUUCUCAAUGAUCACCCCAAAGACCCUUACAUCGUAGUCUUUAGCGGUCCUAAUGACCCUUUGGAUCCAAUGAAUAUGGAACCAUGGCGGAAGUGGUUGUGCGCUUUUGUUCUCGGUUUCAUGACCUUUACGGUGACAUUUUCAAGUUCUGUAUUCAGUGCUGCAGUUAAUGUCACCGCUGAGGAGUUUGGUGUAUCGGUUGAGACAAUGGCAUUGGCUACCUCUUUGUUUAUAAUCGGGUUGGCUGCAGGUCCAGUUUUGAUGGGACCAUCAUCGGAACUGUUUGGACGGAAGGCUCCUCUAUUCAUCGCCUAUGUUACUUUUGUUCUCUCUCAGAUUCCAGUUGGACUCGCUCAAAGUGCUUACACUGUUCUGAUUUUCCGACUUGUGGGUGGUGUGGCAGCGUCAGGAUCUUCAGCAAUUGUUGGAGGUUAUCUUGCCGACUUCUUUGCACCAGUCCAGCUUGGCGUUGCCAUCGCGAUUUAUUCUGCUACCACGUUGAUUGGUCCAUCGGUUGGGGGAAUAGUGGGAGGAAUAGUCGUUCAAAGUUCCCUGGGAUGGCGGUGGAUUGUUUGGUUGACCAUGAUCCAAGGUUUUAUAUUCGGGUCUAUCGGAUUUUUGAUGCUGCCCGAAACCUAUGUCCCGGUUGUGUUGACUCGAAAAGCGAAGCGCCUUCGAUUGACAACCGGAGAGUGGGCUUUACAUUCGAAAUCAGAGGAGGAACCGGUCGACGUCAUGAAAUUCGUGGUCAUCUAUCUCAGUCGCCCGUUUCUAAUGCUCUGUCUUGAACCUAUUUUAUUGUUCAUGACUCUUUACAUUUCGUUCACGUUGGGAACAAUCUAUCUGCUCUUCGUGGCCUACCCAAUAAGCUUCGAGCAAGAAAGACACUUCGGUCAUAUUUCUGCAUCUCUGCCAUUCAUUCCCAUCAUUGUUGGCAUAAUUAUUGGAUCAGUCUACGUUGUUUAUUAUUCUAUGACGACUCUUAAAGUAAAACUCGCAAAGAACGGGAGAGUGGAGCCAGAAGAUCGACUUCCUCCUAUGAUCGUAGGCGCCUUUUUCCUUCCUAUCGGGCUAUUUUGGUUUGCAUGGACAUCAGCCCCAACAAUCAAUCCAUGGCCACAGAUACUAUCAGGUAUCCCAACUGGAAUCGGCACUCAGCUCAUCAUGUUACAGUCAUUGGCUUAUAUAAUCGACAUAUACAAAAGUAAUGCAAAUUCUGCAAUAGCUGGCACGGUUAUAGUGCGCUCCUUUAUUGCAGGCUCUUUUCCAGUGUUAGCAAUACCCCUAUAUAGCCGCCUUGGAAUCUCGUGGGCGUCAAGCAUUGUCGGGUUGAUGGCGCUUGCAUUCGCUCCGGUUCCUAUUCUCUUCUAUUUGUAUGGGAGCAAGGUCAGGCAGUUAAGUAGAUACUCGCCCAAAAUUUCGUAA